GUUCCCUAGCAGUGCAAAAGCAUUACUUCUACCACUGAAUCUCAAUCAUUCGGAAAUCCAUUGCUGCACUGUGGACGUACUAUUUUAUAUCUAACAUUUGGAUGUCAUGGAUAAGAACAGCACUUAUUCACCAGUUGCAUGGCCACCAAAGUUUUGGGAGCAGAUAACAAUAGCCUUCACAGUGUCCAUGUUGAUCGGACUAGUGAUUGGAGGGGUCAUCUGGGCCUUAUUCACCUGCUUGUCCCGUCGCAGAGCUAGCGCCCACAUUUCCCAGGGGAACUCUUCACCCUUCACUCGCCGGUCCAGACCCACCUCCCACACUGCCAGCAGGACUGGAUUUUAUCGUAACAGCAGCUGCGAACGUCGGAGCAACCUCAGUCUGGCCAGCCUCACCUUCCAGAGGCAAACCUCCUUGGAGCAAGCCAACUCUUUCCCCAGGAAGUCAAGCUUCCGUGCAUCCACCUUCCAUCCUUUUCUGCAGUCUCCUCCCCUCCCCGUGGAGACAAACAGUCAGCUGAUCACCCUCACUCCCACCAAUACCACUACAACCCUCGUGGGAAGCACAACCAACAGUUUAAGUCGACCUGAAUUCCACUGGUCUAACAACAGCCUCCGCAUUUGCCAUUCCACACAAACCCCUCCUCCUGCUUAUGAAACCAUCAUAAAAGCAUUCCCAGACUCCUGAGAUAGGUCCUUGCUGCAAACACACACAUCAUUUUUGGAGGAACCUCGAUCUCAAGCAAUUUUCUGUGCAUACUGAAGGUCUCCACGAAGUCUCCAGCUGCUGUGACACAUUGCAGAGGGCACGUGCACUGCCCGGGGGCGGGUAGAGCUGAUUUCUUAGAGUUAUGUCCCACCAUCCAAUGAAUCACUUGUUUUUGCACUACUGGCUCCAAUUUACUGCUUUGCAAAAUGCUUACAUAUUUCUACUGCUGUAUUGUAACCAUUGUAUUUUUUUUCUUUAGAGGAAAGAAAAUGCUGCUGCACUAAAAAUAUGGAUCAUUUCUUGAAGAGAAUUUUAGGAAUUACUGAUAUAGACAUUUCUGCAAAAUUCACUAUUCUGUUCAUUUUUAAAAAGCAAACAAGAAAAUUAAUCAAAAAUGUCUGGUUCUAUGUAUUUUCUCAUGGAUAUUAAACUUCCACUGAACAUUUUCCAUUAACCACCUUCUCGCUAUAACGACAGAACAGUUUCUAAAUGAGGAACCUUAGAUGAAGACCAUGGUGAAGAUUUCCCAUCCAUGGUUCUGUUGAUUGCAGGGGACCUUAAAAGACUUUAUGUUAGAGCUGUUUGUAUGAAAUUCCUCACAGUGUGGGAAAAACAUCGAGGUAUAUAAUCCUUCAUGUAAAGAGAAGCUUUGAAGAGCAAACUAAGUGCUUGAUAACAAUUUUAAAGAAUUUUCUAUCCACUGCCAGCAGAAGAGGUAGCCACCUUUUAAUGCCCAGUAAGGCUGUACGGAAGCAUAAAAUCUGCUGUCUAAUUUUUCUGAUUCUGGUUAUCAAGAUAAGCAUUGCAUGAAUGACAACUAUUUUUUUUUAUUAAGUUUCCUGUUUUGCUGUGAGAUUGCUCAUUUCCUUAUUUAAAAUUACAUUUCUUGAAUUGUACCGAAUUUUAAUUCUUCCUGGAAAGUUAUUCACUGAAAUCUUGUCUUUCACUAACUCAAAAUUUUAGACAUUUACAGCUGAACACUGGCAUUGUACAAUUGUUUGGAAUAUGAAGAUAAAGAUGGAAUAUUUAGUUGAGGUUAACUUAUAUUCCUGACUGUUAUACAUGUAUUAUGUCAAGCUAACCCCUGGCUUAGAUGACACUAAUUGCACCAACAUGAGAAGUUCAGGAUUUGGAAAUAACACAGAUAGACAGAGGCAGUUUUAAGAUUUAUUAUAUCAAUAUCAAUGAACCUGUGCUUCAGUAGAGAGCCUGAGUCCUGCCUGAGUCCUUACCUGUUCUCUGGGAGGUACAAGGAUUCAGCAGCUUUUGAGAAUGGGCAAAAUGCUUUGCAUCUUACUUUGCAGGCUUUUGGUGGCUAGCAGCACACAUCUCUCUGCACAGUUCAGCAUCCCUCAUGCAGCUCUACUACUGAUCUCUUAACUACAAUCUUCCAGCGACAAAUCCUUUCACUUGCAAACAUUGCUACAAACAUUGAGCUUACAAGCAUUACUUGUUAUAAAGUAAAAGUUUAUUCCUUCUUGUAAAAGCAAGUUAUUUUGCAAUUAUUUACUAACUGGAUUUCAUGUUUUAUUUUUAGCGUACAAUAUUUUUUCCCUCUAGAGGAAUGUGUGUCAUUGCUAGAACAUCCACUUACUGCGUUUACAGAGUUUCAUAGCAGACACUUUGAGUUCCAGUACACUGAAGACUUGAUGAUAAAGCUGCAAAACUACUUUUGGCUAAUCACAGGCUACGGACUUAAAAAAAAAUAGUCCUCUGGAGAAAGGAAUAUUUGUUAUUUUAUUCUUUAAUCAUAUUUUCUCUUUUACAGUUUUAUUGAGACUGAUGAACUUCAUUGCAUACACAAGUGCUUUCACAGUGUCCUAGCUCUAGAAUAGGUGAUGCCGCCUUUUCUGAUGUGCCUUCAAAAAGCCAAGUUCACACCUGCUCCCUUUGCAUAUUGAGUCUGGUGGACUGUUUGAAAAGACAGCUUGGCCUACAGUGUGUACCUAACUGGCCAAAACUGUUUCAACCUUGAGAUAAAUCAUUCCAGAUGAGUGAUUUUUUUAACUCCUGGUUUAAGAUGUAAAUUACAUAUUUCCUCAGCAUAAUACUUAUAGCAUAUUUAGUAUACAAUGUAGACAGGGAAGUUUAAAUGUACUGUAUUUUUUUAUCAUGGACUCUACACUGGAUAUCAAAAUAUUUUUCAUUUCCCUUGGAUUUGGGAGAUUAAAAACACAGAUUGUUUGAUACAUAACCAGAAGGAUUGCUGGAUAUCUGUUUUAACAGUAUCUGAAGUUGAUGUUUUGUGAGCUCUCCAGAAGAUGCAGAAUGUGAAAUAAAGAUAGAUGUUAUGAUCUUGA